AUGUCGAUGCUUAGCACACGGGCAACUACGCGUUCGUUAGAGUCUCACACGGCAACAUAUUCUUUUGAUCCUUCCCGUCUGUCGCUUGGUGCGCCUACACCUUCGUGCACCUCGUCUUCAACUUUGUCUUAUCCUCCUCACACCAUUCCACCUCUGGACCGAAUUUCGAUGGCUGCUGGCUGGCCUAUCGCAUCAAAUUCUUCCUCGUCGUCGUCCAUUUCCGAACAUCCUCCGUUCGCCCAUCAGGAACCUACUGGCAUGGUCACAGAUUCGGCUGCUGUCCGAGGCGGAAUGCGGAUAGGAUAUGCCACACGCUCUACUACGGGUAUGCUUCCACGAAAUAUACACGUGAGUGAGCAAGCUGCAAUCGGCACCAACCUCUUCUCGAUGGGCUCCAUCUCACAUACCGCUGAGAGUGCAGGCAGCAUGGUGCGCAAAAAGCGUCGUCGAUACGGACCCAAACCUCAGCCACCAUACACGUGCUUUUGUGGAAAGGUGUUCAAAAGGCACGAGCACAUGCUGCGCCAUCGAGCUACGCACGACGACAACAUCAAGUACGAGUGUCAUAUGUGCGGCAAAUCAUUUCGCCGACAGGAUGUGAUGCAUCGGCACACGAUGACUCAUGCAGCUCGCAGCCGUCAGUCGAACAAGAUGCGAACCACGGCUUCCAUGUCGGCGACCACUGCGCCUGCUUCAGCGAAUGCGAGCACGUCUGGCUCGAAUCGAAAGGGGACCACGGAUGACGACAAGAUGAGCAUCAAUAAUGUCAAGCGUGAAAAAGAACAUGCGCUACCGUUCUUUACCGCCAACGCUCAAUACGAUGUGCUCGAAGACCCCACGUUGCGUGUCGGUCUGGCUGAGUAUCCAACCGAAUCCGCUUCUUCGCGCCACAACCAAGACCAUCACAUUGCGGCAGCUCAGCUGUACAGUGCUUGUAAUACAACAAAGUAUCUGUACCCCACAUACCCUGUCACGAUGCAGCCGAUCUACGCCCACAAUGUUGCCAUCGACGUUGGCGAUGCAGGAUAUGCUCGAUCCGACAACUUUGAUGCUAUGGCCGACUACCACAGUCGCAUAAGUUCGUCCAUGUCGCCUCCCCCGGCUUUCUUGGCUUCUGCGACUGGAUUCGGCGCAAACACGUUGGGUGCUGAUCAGUUCGGAGGAAGCGCUGGGAUGACUCGGCCUCAAGCAGCACUGCCGAUGACGACAGUGGGAAUGGAAUACGAGUACGAAACCAAGCCCAACGGUCAAGAUCCGGGAUCGCACUACGCUCCAAACUGGCACGGCGGCAGCUACGGAAUUGCACAUGGAGCGAUGCACAUGGGCGCAUGCGAGUCGGAUUGGAGCGAGCAAAGCCCAUCGGGACCUAGUACACACACAUUUGCAUCGCCAGCUUGGAGCCAAAAAGCGGAGCUGAUGAGACGAGAGGGCACGGCUUCGGCGUCUAGCGGAACACCGUUGGGACCAUCGUCGUCCAACCGACAGCUGUCGAUGGAUCCUGGCUGGAGGUGGCAUACGCAGACACAACACCAGCCACAGAUGCAGACCCAGCAUCACCAGCCGCAGUCACAGUAUCAGCAUGGCUCUCCGCUGGUUGGAGGAGGAGCACACAAAGACGCGAGUCUUGGCAGUGUGGAUCGCAGUCCUGCACAGAUUGUGCGAAGACGUCUGUCGAACAUGCAAGGCUCAGGUAGCUACGCCACAAAUUUUCAUGACGCCCACAUGUAUGCCGUACAUGGCGCUGCAGCCAAGGCGGAAACGUAUGGUGAGCCUGGUUUUGGUAUGGGACUUUGUCUGUUGGAUCAGCCAAAUGAUGGACAGGACUCUGGCUCGCUCGGCCUGGUGACAAUGCCUACCUUGGCACAUGAAUCGACGAUGAACGAGAGUGGAAGAGAUGCGAGAGUAGUGGCUCAGCAUCAUGGACACAUAUCACCCCACGGUUCAAACGUCGCCAUGGUCAUGUCGUCAUCAUCGCCAUCGUCAUCAUCGCCAGGUAAGCAUGCAGGUGCUGGCAUGAGCUCGAUGCAUGUUUCGCAGAGCGCGAGUCAUCAUGCUUUGCCAUCCUACCCUACGCCUAGCAAGCAUGGACUUAGCUCCAUGUCGAGCGUGAUGGAGCCGUUUGAUACAGGUUCACCACUGACCGAGGCUACUGGCAAUGCUUCGCCGCGCAGUCACAGCAACAGAGAUGGUAAUGGAUACGCAGUGGGCGGAUCGAUGCAUGCUGAGGUGCAUAGAGAGCCAUCCAACCCGCCGAUUGAUCCAAAUCUGGGUGAAGAUGGCAAUGACAAUCCUAGCAACUCGUCGUCACCAGCUGCCAAUUUGCAAGGUGGUCACACCAGCCGUCGUUGGUAA